AUGGCGGAGCCCACGCGGCUCCCGCAAGCCCUGCGCGAACUCGAAGCCGCCAUCGAUGCGGAGGUGGACUUCGCGGUGUUGCGCGCGGUGCGGCAGCGCUUGAACGAGAGGCUUACGGCCCGAAUCAACCAGCUGGAGGCCUUUGAAGUGACCCUUGUGCGACCCAGUGGAGAUUUGCGGGUGGUCUCUGGUUGUCUCCCAGACGAUGCCUUGGAUUCCUUUCGGGACCAUGCCUCCAGGGAGUUUGCUCUUCCACGAGAUGCGGUUCUUCUAUGUCGAGGCUCCAGGCAAUUUGGACAACGAGACUUGCACAUGUCCCUGGCAGAUCUAGGGAUUUGUCAAGGUGCUGAAUUGACGUGCCUUCAUGAUGCGUUGUGUCGCAGGUACUGA